GAACUCCUGCCCAAAGAUGUGACGCACAGCUGGAUCGAGCGCGUGUUCACCAAAUGUGGGAAGGUGGUUUACGUCAGCAUCCCCAGAUACAGGAGCACUGGCGACUCUAAAGGCUUCGCCUUUAUUGAGUUUGAGAAGGAGGAACAAGCACAGAAAGCCGUAGAGAUGCUGAACAAUCCUCCCGAAGACGCGCCCAGGAAACCAGGGAUUUUCCCCAAAACGUUAAACAGGAAACCCAUUCCUUUUCCAUCCGACAACCCGCCGCCACGUGAAGAAGAGAAGAAAAAGCGAAAGAAGAAGAAAAAGAAGGAGAGCUCGGCAGUACCUGUGGAAAAAGCCCAGGAAGUGGCGAUGGUAACAGAGCCGACUGAGGAGAAGAGAAAGCCCCCAGCGGCUGGCUGCGAUCCAGAACCCCCCGGCGCUCAGAAGACCUCUGCUAAAGCGGAGAAAAAACGACGCCGGUCGCAGACGGCAGAGGGGUCUGAAAGCWGCGUACCGUCGAAGAUUAGAAAAACCAGCUGUAACGAAUCUGAGGAGAAGGAGAGCGGCGCAGCGAAGAUCACUCAUAUCCAAAGCCGAAAAAAUCAUCAUCGCCCGAACCAAAGAGGCUCACAAACACAUCCGCUUCGACGAGGACUGACCUCUGCAGAGACGACCGGCGGGAGCUGAACCAGGACAGAUAGUGUUGAUGACAACUUGGCUGGAACUACGUGAAACAAAUAGUCCCAGUUGUKCCUCUUUGUAUCUUUUUUUUUUCUUUUUGAAAAAUUUCUUUUAGCACUGGAACMCCCUCCCGAGGUAAAUAUGGGGUGCUGCUUUUGAACCACAGUCCUGUAUAGAUGUAAAUGUUUUAAGUUAGAAAUUAAUUCCAAUCAAAUGUUUAAAUCAACACCUGUUCUUUUUUGUUUCGCUUUUUUAAUAAAAUGUCAUUUUAUGACUACAUUGUUUGUUACAUUUAGUAAAAUGGUACAGUAAAGGUGAAUGGUUUCUCUA